AAAAACCUGUGACAUAUUUUAGAUAUUCAGAAAAUUUCUCUGUCGGAGUGUUAGUAAACGUAGUCCUGUUUCUGUUUUUUGCGGAAAAUGGACAAUUUGCUGCAACAUUUGGGUAAAUUUCGCAGUGUUCCCGCAGUUGUCGGAGUAUGCUUGCUUUUAAUCCUUUUAUCUGCGCCCACGAGAUCGGAAAACCAUAAUAUCAAAAUCAUCAAUAAAAUCGAAAAUCCACUCUCUAGCGACACCAAAACCUUCGGAAACAUCAGCAAUUUGCAGUUGGACGAGACGCUGGAGGCAACACUGAGUUUCUGUCCCAAUGUAUCCCUCUUUCAAAUGAUUAAUCUUAGCCAGAGUCACGACAAUGAGGAAUUAUCUUAUGGUUCCAUUAAUUACAACGUUUCCCGGAAUCUUUGGGAGCAGUAUAUGAAAAUUCGUCAUCUACGCGGAGAUAAAGGAAUUAUGUUUAAUCUGCGCAUGGAUUCAGAGAUGCAGGAUUUUGGUCAAUUCCUUGAACUGAAACCUUACGUCGGUGUAUAUCUGGUUACACUUGAGCUCACCAAUCUCACGGUUACCGAGAUACAAGACGCGCUGACCUUUGCAUGGGCACCCAGUUUCGAGAGCAGCAACUGGACAGCGACUCACGUUGAAAUCUUGCAAAUACAAAAUGGAAGCGACGAUAUUACGUACUAUUCUGCAAGCGGGUCGCCACUGACGCAAAUUCUGUAUAUGGUUCCCAUAUCAGACAGUGUUAUUCCAAUGAAUCUUUCAAGCGAUUUCUCGCACUACCCAUGGCGUUUUGCCCGUAAUUCCUCCUAUCAUGAAUUACCCAAAAUAAUUACGCCGUCGAUAACAGACUUCGUUCAACGUUUGCGGAGUAAGGGACUCAUUGCGCAUCAGGGUCCCGUGUUUCAUGGAACUGUCAAUUCUGGUCGAGGAGAUUUUUAUCUGAGCACCAAUUCCACUUCCGGUUCAUUUAAUACGGAUCGGUUGAAAGCCGAUUUACUGGAGCUGGUGCAACAAGAGCGGAUAAAGCAAGGCUGCGGCGGUGCCGACAUGAGUGAUGUGCAGAUAAAUUUUAGUCCAUUCGUGCCGCGGAUAGCGCCCAUGAGAAAAAACGGCACUUUUUCAGAGAUAAAGGUCCUGCCUCUGAACUUCCAGUUAAUGAUACAGAAAAAAGCCCACGUUCACGGUGGAAUUAAUUUAGUGCCGCUGUCAAACCAUACCGAUCGGUAUUACGCACGUUUACGCGUGCCAGGCGAUGAGGAUUUUAUUCCGUCUUACGUCCGCCACCUGGAAGACCGCCCAAUGGACCCGGUUUAUUCGUUUCGCAUGUACCUCAGUCCCUCAAUGAAUGUGCAGCUGUUGCCCGAGCUGGAAAGUUUGAUGAGAGCACGUCUAAAUAAGGAUUUACGUCAUGAUCAGUACGCGUCAGUGCGCCUAUGGAACUUCGAUCCUGACGGUUGGGUUGUUAGCUUUUUUGUAACCAUUUACAAACUUGGUUGGCGUCUGGACCUGGAUGGCAGAUUGCCCUACGCAAAAAGCAUCUACCGCAAACUGGAUGGUCUGCAGCUGACUUCGACGGCAACGAAAGCGGUCUACACAUUAACGAAUGUCCCUCUUCCCAGUCUUUUUAAAGAAACCAUGAAAACAUUGACCAUGCAAGAUCUCGAGGCCGAACAGGAUGUGUAUUUAACAGAAGGGUCGUCGGCUCCUUUAAAAAAGACAUUCACGUUAUACGUUCAGUCGGCGCUGCCAUGGCGAUCCCGCAUUCAUCCACUGGUCAACGGAUGGAAAGCUAACUUGUUGAACUCCGAUCGCAUUCUGGAGGCUGUCCAGCAGGCGUUUGCUGAAGCUAAUCCCGUCACCAUUGAUGACAUAACUUUGACAAUAACGUUAACAGAGCGGGAUAACGGCUUGAGAACAGUUACUGAUGACGAAGAGGUCUCCAAAUUUUACUUCGCGCUAUCGUAUCCUAAGAUGAAAUACUGGAGGAUGUGGCGCUAUCCAACAGUUGACCAGUUGAACAAGUUCCUGAUUAGCGUCGCUAAGGCUCGAGUCGUGGAAUCCUGGACCAUGCCCCUCUCAAAUACAGCUUCUAACUGAUGACGAACAUUAAGAAAUAUCUAAUUUGUAUUUUUUUCCACCUGGAAAUAUUAGUUUUGGUCUAUGGCUGUUUUUCCGCAGUAUUUUAGUUAUUUGAAUACCCUGUUGGCCGUGGCUAUCUGUAUUCUGCCAAUUGCCACAUGCUGACUCAGAAUACUUACCUUUUCCAGUUUUGGUACACUUGCGCAUUCUGUAUUGUGCAACUCUAGCCCAAGUAUAAUCGAUGGGAACAUAAGAUAAAACGUCCCACAUUUCAUUCUUUGGCGAUAAAUUGGUUAAGCAUUGU